CCUGCAGAUACACUAGUGCCUCAGUGAGUGGUGGUGCUGGCGGACGGUGGGACGCAGACACUUGCCUUCCCUUGUUUGCUGUCUUGUGGGGCUUUUUUUUCCCCCCCUUCAGCCACCGUCCUGUGAUCAUGUCCGACUCCGAGAACAAGGAGGAGACCAGCUCGCCCGUGGAGAAGAAGCCCGAGGAGGCCGAGGAGAGCCAAAAGGAGGCCACCCCAGCAGCCCCAACUGCAGCCAUGGUAGAGGCAGCUGAGGAGGCCAAGCUGAGAUCUAAGUACCCUAAGUACCCCCCCAUGGCAGGACACUCUGCCUUCCUACAGAAGAGGCUCACCAAAGGGCAAAAAUAUUUUGACUCUGGAGACUACCAGAUGGCCAAGCAGAAACCUGCUAGCAAGUCCAGGAUGCCACCGCUGCUUGCCCAACCCACCGGUGAGGCCAUCCCCACCCCAGAGUCAGUGCCUGUCAGGAAGACCUCUAUCAUCCACAGCAAGCUGACCUCUGCAUCCUAAACCACUCUCAUUCACUGACCUGUCUUUUACCCAACCAUUUUCUGGGUCUCGGGCAGAUUGUGAUGACUCAACUACUACUUCAUGAUGAUAACCCUGUUGUGUGUCUAGAGUGGAAAGGGAGGGUUACUGAGCCUCCUGUGAUCUUGACCUAGUUGAACUGGACUACCAUGUAUUGCUUCAUAAGUGUUGGGAGUCAUGGUGGUCAUUUGGGUAAGUAUAGCCAAAUGUUCUCUUCCUUACCUAGCCUGUUGGAAUGGACAUUUUGGCCUACUAACAUACAAAAAGAGAAAAAAAGGCUUCUUGGUCACAGAAGCAGAUUUAUGGCCGUGUCUGUGUUGUGUGAUACUAAGGUCUUUUGUGGUCCACUGAGGGUUUCUUAAAGCUUGAUGGUAGUUGAGAGUUGGCCUAGCAGUGAGGAUUUACAUUUUGACUAAAUACAUUUACUUACCAUGUUACCAUUUUUUUUUUUUUUCUUCGUGUGAUAAGUAUUUUGAAUACAUACAUACAUGUUAAAAAUUCAUUACUGAGUUGAGGUAGAAGAAAACAAUUAGUUUCUAACUUUUGUGAGUGACUUUGAGCUGGAGAAGUAACAAUAGUAAUUUUUUGCUUCAUGGAAAGAAAACAUAAGCUUUUGUAAUGGUUUAAAUAAUUUUUAUCAAUAUUCUUUUCUACCUAGUUUUGUCAGCACUCUGUUAUUUAAAAUAACCAAAAGUACUGUAGAUUCAGGUUUUGUUUCAUCUCAAGUAUUUUUUAAGUGAAACAGUUUUUCAUGCCUUUCUUAGACUUGGGAGUUUUUCAUGCCUUUCUUAGACUUGUGACAUGUUCCUGAAAGAGUAUGAUAAGAAAGGGAAAAAAAAAAAAAUUUAGUGCAUCCUCAUAAUACUGCAAAGCUGAUCAUGACUUGAAUAUUCAGACUCAAUUCUUGUAUUGUGUAGACUUUGAAAGUAGCUGAAUACAGGUUUCAUGACUCAACAUCAGUUUCUACAAAAUUUGAACUGUAGACCUAUACCAUGUGACUUUUAUCUAUAUGUCUUUCAUAUUAACCAAAAGAGAUCAAUCUUAUCCUUCAUAAAUGGUUGAUUAGAGCACUUUGCUUAGCUCUGGUGAGGUGAAGCUUGAGUGACCCUUGCAACCCCCCCUUCCAGUGACCAGGUUAGACUACCCCUCACUCACUCUGGUCACAAAUUUACUGCUGAGAGCCAUAGUCAUGCAGUUCUAUAUUUUUAACCAGUAUCAUUGUAGCUGUGUAUGGGUCUGGUGUAUAUGGGAAAGCAUAUACAACUAUGGAUGUAAAUUUUCACAGAAGAAAUUUAUAAUAUUGUUUACAUGCCAUAUAUAACGUUCAUGGAAACCUUUUGUUGCCUGUCAAGUUUUCUCGUGUUUUGUGCUGUAAAAAAUAAUAAACUGAUAUUAGUUUUCA